AUGAAGCAAAGUACAAUUAGAGGGGAAGUGCUUCAAGGAAUAGAAAAGGCUAUGCGUCGUGGUGAUGACGAAGCUUCUUCAAUUGGGACACGAGUCAUCUUGCCUUCUUCUUUCACUGGUGGUAGACGUUAUAUGUUUAAUCAUUGUCAGGAUGCGAUGGCAAUCUGUAAACAUUUUGGCUAUCCAGAUUUAUUCCGUACUAUUACGUGUAAUCCAAAUUGGCCUGAAUUUCAGCGAUUCACAGAGCGAGAGCGAAUUUUCAUCGCUGAUCGUCCUGAUAUCUCUUGCUGUGUUUUUCAUGCUAAGUUGAAAUGCCUUCUAAGUGAUCUCAAAGAGGGUGUGUUUUUUGGUCCACUUAGUGCAGGUAUGUAUACUAUUGAGUUCCAAAAAAGAGGUCUACCACAUGCACACAUGUUACUAUGGCUUAACGGGAAAAGUAACUUACAAAGUGUUGAAAUUGUUGAUGAAUUUAUCUGUGCUGAGCUACCCAAUCCCCUCAAAUUUCUGGCUCUUUAUAAUAUCGUCACCAAGUACAUGAUCCAUGGUCCCUGCGGUCGAAUUAGACCAAGUUCUCCUUGCAUGAAAGAUGGUAAGUGCUCAAAAUUUUAUCCAAAAAGAUUCGUUGAUCAAACGAGUUUUGAUGAAGAUGGCUAUCCAAUAUAUAGACGUCGUAAUAUGGGUGUGACAGUGAAUAUUAACGAUGUUGAUAUUGACAACAGAUUUGUUGUGCCUUAUAAUCCACUGCUGUUAAUGAAAUAUCAAGCUCACAUAAAUCUUGAGUUCUGUAACAAGUCAAACGUCAUCAAGUAUCUUUUUAAGUAUAUCAAUAAGGGUCCGGAUCGGGUCACUGCAACUGUUGGAGAAACAUAUAAUGUUGGUGAAUCUUCUCAGGUGGUUGAUGAGAUCAAGCAGUAUUAUGAUUGUCGUUAUUUAUCACCGUUUGAAUCCAUGUGGAGAAUUUUUGCUUAUGAUAUUCAUCAUAGAUGGCCGUCAGUACAGAGGUUGACUUUUCACUUGCCGAACCAGCAGCAUGUUGUAUUCGAUGAUGCUGAUAUCACUCUCAUGAGGUUCCCGGAUGGGCAGUCUUUAACAUAUAUGGAAUAUCCAAAAAAAUUUGUCUACUGUUCGAACAGUAGGGAGUGGAAGCCGAGACAGAGGGGAUUCUCAAUUGGAAGAUUGAGUUUCGCUCAUCCCGCAGCUGGUGAACUUUUUUAUAUACGGAUACUUUUGAAUGUGCAGAGAGGUUGUACCAGUUUUCGAAGUAUAAGAACCGUGAAUAGUGUUACUUAUGGUACAUUCCAGGAGGCAUGUUCUGCCAUGGGAUUCUUGAUAGAUGAUAAGGAGUAUGUUUCUGCUAUUAAGGAAGUCGCCGAGAUAGCAUCUGCUGCAUAG